AUUAUUAUGUCGCGUUAUGUUCUUCAACUGAAAAUUUGGCUAUACUUGCACUGGUUUUUGAAUGUUUUGAGGAAAAAAUUACAAUGAAAUAUUUAGUUCAAUGAAUAUCGACCCUGUCUGAUCUUAUUCGACCAUGAUGAUAAACGAACAACGCUUUGCCAAUUGUUAAAUGGCAAAAAAUGGAAAAAAUAAUCAAUAGUGUAAAUUUUGGUCGAUAUUUUCGUCCAAUCGUCCACGAGAACGUACGACAGCUGAUGAAUUGCAAACACACACUCUUCAUAGAAAUGUUUAAUCAAACAUAAUGUUCACAUCGAUCAGCACAUUGAUGUGUACUAACGCACACAUAUGCAAACACACUUAUUAUCAAGUUCACAGAGUUAUCAAAAUCUGUCAAAUAUGUACUCAACUCAUUUUACAGUCUUUCAUUUGUUUUCCAAAAAACAAACUUCAUCAAUUAAAAGAACGUCUGGCUUGAAAUGAACAAACCACAUCUAUUUCUCUCGAUUUAGACUCGAACGAGUCAGUGUGACUAUCACACUAGUGUGAAACAGACAAACUAUUUACAAGACUCAGUUUAAACGUUUUUUUUUCUAUCAUUUCUCCCCAAAAAAUGAGUUUUCUUUGAUAUUUACUGUGCAUUGAAUCAUUUCAUUGAUAAAUUGUUAUUUUGUGAUUGUACGUUAUGGCCCCACGGUGUAGAUAAAAAUUUACGUGACGAUAAUACUAUGACGGGUUUUGAAAAUUUCACUCGGAUUCACUAAAAAUUGUAGAAAAUAUACGAAAAUGCAAAAGAAAAAAAUGCGAAAACUGUCAUAAAAAAUCGUCACCAAAACAAAUCAUAAGUUCUUUCCAAAAUUUUCUUAAAAUGGUCUUAUAAAUAUACCGAAUUCGUCAUAAAAUUUCCGAAAUGGUUGGCUGACGAUUGACAUGUAUUAAUCUGAAUUAUCAUUGCAAUAACAUUGAUAGUGCGAGUGUGAGAAAUUAUUCCUUUCGGAUCAGAAACAAUAAUCAAUUGAAACAGUGUACAACUGUCCAUGUAUCAAGCUUGGUCAUUUUUUUUUAUUUGGCUGGAUUAGGCUCAAACGAGCUUCAUAUUUUCAACGUGAAUCCAUUAAAGUUUUACAUUAAUUCAAGAUGAAUCUAGAUAAAUAUCAGUGUUGGUAUCACGGAGGUUUGACACGUGAACAGGCCGAAGAUCUUUUGAAAAAAUCUGGAAAAAAUGGUUUAUUUUUAGUUCGCGAUAGUAAAACAUCGAGCGGAGAUUACGUUCUUUCUUUAUUACAUAAUAACGUAGUAAUUCAUUAUCAAAUUCGACGUCACGGCGAGGACGCAUUCUUUUCAAUCGAUGAUCAAAAUCCAGUGCAUGGUUUGGACGAGUUGAUCAAACGGUUGCAAAAGUCCUGGGAUGGAUUAGUAACAGAGUUGGUGGCGAUUCCAUUAAAAGGUUCAUUGCCGCCACCUGAGUCUCGUCAACAUGGUCGCAUAACACUACUCCAUCGUGCGAUCAAUGAGAGGAAUGUUAAGCUUGUAGAGGCAAUGUUACAAUCCAGCAAUCAAAGAACACCGAAUGCCAAAGAUAAAGAUGGUCGAACUAGCAUACACUUGGCAUGUCGUCUUACAGAUAAUGCUGAAAGCAUCUUAGAAAAACUCAUCAGCUGCGAUGAUGUGAAGGUCAAUUGUCGCGAUUUAGAGGGAAAUGCACCAUUGCAUUAUGCAUGCCGAAAACAGUCAGUAUCUUUGAUUCAGAAGCUCAUCGAUGCUGGGGCGUAUGUUAUUGUUCGAAAUAUAAACACAGGACGAGUACCUUUGCACGAAGCGGCCAGCACCGGCAAUAUCGAUGUGGUUAAACUGCUACUUAAACAAGGUAUUCCACACUUACCGCGUACAUCAAAAUCUGAAACACCUGCUCAACUUGCCAGAAGAGGUGGUCAUUCGGAAACUGCUGAAUUUUUGGAAAAUUUUAAACCGCCUCUUCCUACAACGAAUGCAUCUCAAUGGCUACAUGGCACAUUAAACAGAGACGAAGCUAUUAGAGUUUUACAAAUGUUUAUUACAGCGAAUCUCGCGUAUCAGGAAGUAUCGGGCGCAUUUUUAAUACGAUAUUCUCACAAUGAAAAUGAACAUAUUUUAAGCUUGAUAGACGAUGAGAAUGGCAUGAGAAAUUAUCCUAUACAACAAAGUAAUUCUACAGAUAACUACUUUUUCAUCGAUGAAGGGCCAUAUAUGAUAUCAUUAGAGCAUUUGGUUCAACACUAUAUGAAAUUUUCCGACGGGUUACCAUCCAAUUUGCGAUAUCCUGUGGCACCGAAUCCAAAACCACCACUUCCUUCAAUUUCAAUACAAAAUCCAAUUCCGCAAUCUCAUUCAGGAGAGUUACCAAGGCUUCUGAUCUAACUUCUAAUCGAACAUAGUCAUAGAUGAUCAUGACAGUUAUCGUGAAUCAUUGCUGGAUUUCGAAUGACUGCAGGGAUUUGAAAAGAACUGAGAAAUUACAGUAAUUUAUGGAAUGUUGACUUAUAUUUAAGUGAAACAAAGUACCAUGAUCAAGGGAUCCCACCAAUGUUAUCUAAAUACAUUUUAAAACUUGAUUUAUUGAAAAUAUGUCUGGAUUUGAAAAACAGCAAUUGCUUUAGAUAACAACUCUUCGUUUGUUUAAGUUUUUUUUUUGAAAAAAUUGCGUGUGUUUUUUUGAAGUCAACAAGACUACAUUCCAAAAAAUAAUUCACAACAACAACUAUGGAGGACAUUAAUGUCUUCUCUAGUUAAAGCUUAUUUGUUUAUAUACAAAAGGUGGAAAGACACGUAAGUAUUCUUUCUUCAAACAUUAUCAAAUAUUAUCAUUAUUUUUGGCCGAGUUAUUGAAUAUUAUUCGCGCUGAAUUUAAGUUAUCUAUAAUAUCUUUUUGAUCAAAAUGGAACAAAGUUUGCAGUAUUUGAUCCUACAAAAUGAAAAAGUAAUGAGGAAACAGCGGAAAGCACUGAAUUGGUAUUUGCAUAUUCGUUUUUUGUGUCAGUAGAAAUGGGAUAUAAGAGGAUAUACGAAUAAAACUACGAUCAUAGUGAUGUUGAGGUCAUCGUUAUUUUUCUCAGAAUUUGGUUCUUUCUCCUAAUGGCGAUUUCUUCUUAUGUCUAGACAUAGAUGCUAUGUUGUGUGAUAAAUAGAGCUUCGAACAUUUUUUUCUCAAGAAAAAGUGAUGCGUUUGUGACCCAAAAGAUGAUAGGAUUAUCUGUUUCCACGUAAAAAUACUCUAGCUUACCAAAAGAUUAUCCUACCUAAAUAUGGUGCAAAAUGAACGAGCCAUCGCAGUUUUCGACCAAGAAUGUCCUUUUGGCUCUAUGUAUUAUAAAUAGUGUAGCAUUUUGUAAGGUCGCACCAUUCGUUUCUAUGGUGUCGCAAAAUGCUUACCUAUCUCAUUCAAUUUGCAUUGUGUUCAUUGUUAUUAAUUUUUUUAAAUUUUUGGACGAGUACUCAACAUUUUGAAAAUCAACGAGAUUUAUUUCACAUUGGACGAAAUCUGAUCUGCAAAUCUCGGUGUUUUAGCUUGGACGAAUAAUUUGUGGCUCAUUUAUAAAAUCCAGUUUGCGCUACUGUUUCUUCAGCAAUCGAUUCAAUAUUUUGCGGGCCAGCAGCCACAUCAAAAUCAACCAAUGGAGAUUUCAGCACAACAUGAAGCCAUGGAAGGGAUUAUUGAAACAGACAUUUACUUACCUCCAGCUCAAGAGUCUCCAAAAAACAUUCUGAAUAUUCUUAACGACGAUUGCAUUCAAGCUGUCUUAUUGAAGCUAGACAAUAUGUUGGAUUUUCUUCAUGCAGCCGAAGUAUGUACAAGAUUUGAGAAAAAUGCACAGAUGCGUUUUCCUUUUAAGAACGUAUCUCUUUCAAGCGGCAAGGAAGGAAGAAUUUUCUAUAAAUGGAAUGAAAAAAAUUCUCCAUCAAUGGAGUAUGCGGAAAAGUUCUUUGGCACAUUUGGUCGAUUUGUCAAAUCGGUUCGAUAUUUCUAUUAUGGAUGCAAUGGAAAGAAAAUGAGUGAAGAAAUAAGUCUAAUUCAUAAAUAUUGCGGAAAAACUUUGGUCAAAUUGAGUAUUGAUGUAUACUUAUCAUAUCCCUUGAGUUUACAAUUCGAAGCUCUUGAGGAACUGGUCUUGGAUAAUACAGUUCCAGUCACAUCAGCAAAUCUUUUUCCCAAAUUGAAAAAAUUGUCUCUGCGUGGAGGGAGAUCGAUAUUAAGAGAUGACAUGGAUUGGGUUGCAAAUGAAUUUCCGCAUCUAAAGAAAGUUGAAUUUAUGGACGUUGCAAAACUAACGAAUGAUAUUUUUAUUGAGUUUCAAAAACGAAAUCCACAACUAGAAAAUCUAUGUUUGUGGAAUAGAAAUAGAAGCAAGCUAAGUUUUACAUCAAGGAAAGUAUGGCAAGGUAUUGGAAAACGUUUGCCAAAUCUUGUCAGCCUAUACUUGGACAACAUAGAAAUGGAUAAGAAUAUCUUAGAAUUGUGCACUUUGCGGAAAUUAAGAGAGAUAAAUAUUUCGCCAGUGGUAAAGUCUCAAAAACCUCUAUUUGAUUCGUUUGUUAAAAACAAUGUGCCCAUUGAAAAAUUGUGCAUUAAACGAUUAGAUAUUGAAACUGCAAAAAGUGUACAAAAAAUGAAACUGAUAGAACAUCUAACAAUUUAUGGCGCUUCUGAACAAACAGUUAUCAGUACCGUCAAACAACUACCAGCCUUAGAUUAUUUAAGUUUAAUGUGGAUAAAAGAUGGAAGCCCACGGAUGGUGAAAAAAAUCUUACAACAUUGUAAAAACUUAACUGAAUUGAUUAUUGUGCUAGAAGAGUUGUGCACUAUUGAUGCGGAUGAGUACAAUUCAAUCGUAAAAUUGGCUGAAAAUCGAUGUAAAGUCACUUUGGACAUGAGUAAUUGGGUUGUCAUCAAAAAAAAUUGAAAAAUAUCGCUCACUUUGCUUCAUUCGGUGAAUUUGUUAGAGUACCCGAUAUUUAUAGGUAAUAAGUAUCUGUAAAUUCCAUUCAUUCAAAAUAAAUACAUCGUAACUUA